AUGGCAGAAAUGGACUCUGCAUCAAGUACCGGUGUGAAUCUAGCCUCUGAUAUACGGCGCCGAAAUGUCCCGCAUACUGAGGGGCCUAGAAGGGAACCCGAUGGCACGGAGGAGAGCAAGCCCAAACCCAAUCCAUCAGUUUCCAUUCUAGAUAAUUGGGAACCCCUGAUAAUGCCCAUUCUGUUGACGGCUGUAGCUAUCUUUACUCGCAUGUACCGGAUUGGUCGCUCGAAUAUCGUGACUUGGGAUGAAGCGCACUUUGGCAAAUUUGGGUCACAUUACUUGAAACGUGAGUUCUACUUCGACGUACACCCGCCGCUGGGGAAAAUGCUUGUCGGCUUGUCGGGUUAUCUUGCCGGUUACAAUGGGUCGUUCGAAUUCAAAUCUGGUGAUAAGUAUCCGGAAGAAGUUAAUUAUACAUUCAUGCGCGUCUUUAACGCUGCAUUCGGCGUCGCGUGCGUGCCACUUGCUUAUUAUACAGCACGAGAACUUGGCUUUCGCAGAGCUACUAUCUGGCUCGUGAGUUUGAUGGUGCUACUUGAUAACUCAUACGCAACCAUCUCAAGGUUUAUAUUACUGGAUUCCAUGCUGCUCUGUUUCACGUUCACUACCACCUUCUGUUGGGCAAAGUUUCACAGACUACAACAUGCGAGUUUCUCCAUUGAAUGGUUUGUCUGGCUAUUCCUGACCGGGAUAAGCAUCGGUUGUGUGUGCAGUGUGAAGUGGGUAGGUUUCUUUUGCACAGCGCUUGUAGGCCUCUAUACGAUCGAGGAUCUAUGGAACAAAUUUGGCGAUCUAAAGAUGUCAGAGGUCGUCCUUGCCAAGCAUCUCAUGGCUCGUGUGGUGGGGCUGAUCAUUAUACCUGUUUUGGUUUAUAUGUUUUCAUUCUACCUGCAUUUCAUGGUUCUCGAAAAUAGUGGACCGGGCGACGCCCAAAUGAGUUCACUUUUCCAGGCCAACCUGAGAGGAACUGAGGUCGGGAAAGAUAGCCCCCUGGAAAUUGCUCUUGGUUCUAGAGUCACACUGAAGAACAUGGGUUACGGUGGCGGACUUCUCCAUUCGCAUAUCCAGACAUACCCCGAGGGGUCCAACCAGCAACAGGUUACCUGUUAUCACCACAAGGACGCCAACAACGACUGGUUCAUCUACCCAAGCCGCCGCGAGCCAGAGUAUGAUCCGAGUGCGCCUCUAAAGUUUGUCGGCGAUGGUGAUGUCAUUCGUCUUAUUCAUGGACAGACAGGCCGGAAUUUACACUCUCAUGCUAUUUCUGCACCAAUUACCAAGUCUCACUACGAAGUCUCAUGCUAUGGCAAUAUCACUAUCGGUGAUGAUAAAGAUCAUUGGUUGGUUGAGGUUGUUGAUGAUGUUGCAUCGAAGGAUAGAAGUAAAAUCCGCACUCUUACCACUGCCUUUCGCUUGCGACAUCCUGUUCUGGGUUGUUAUUUACGAGCAGGCAACGUUAAUCUCCCCCAAUGGGGAUUCAAACAGAUUGAAGCCACAUGCGUGAAGGAGAACAAACCGAGCGAUGUUUACACACACUGGAAUGUCGAGUCUCAUGCUAACGACCGGCUUCCACCGGGUGAUCCGGGAUCCUAUAAGUCGCCUUUCAUGAAAGACUUUAUCCAUUUGAAUGAUGAUCUCGCCUCAAAAUUUUGGCAGUGGCCUAUACUUAAUGUUGGGCUUCGGAUGUGCUCCUGGGACGACAAUACUAUCAAAUACUAUCUCCUUGGCAACCCAUUCGUUUACUGGGGAAGUACGAUUAGCCUUGGCGUCUUUGGGCUCUUGGUAUUAUGGUAUCUCGUGCGCUGGCAGCGAGGUUACAAUGAGCUUUCCCAAGCAGAUAUUAACCAUAUCCAUUAUUCUGGCUUGUACCCAGUCAUUGGAUGGAUUCUGCAUUAUCUGCCUUUCAUUGUCAUGGGAAGAGUGACGUAUGUUCAUCAUUACUACCCAGCCCUGUAUUACGCCAUUCUUACCUUCGGAUUCUGUGUUGACUGGCUCACGCAAACAAUGAAUGUUAAAUCCCGCUGGAUGAUCUAUUCUUUACUUUAUGCUAUCAUAGUUGGAAUGUUCGUGCACUUCCGCGUGAUUGUGUUUGGCAUUGAAGGUUCAAGUCAGCAGUGGGGUCAUUUGGACUGGCUGAGCGGCUGGCGCAUCGCCAAUUAA